AUGUUUUUAAGAACGGUUAUAAUGGAUACUGAGUUAAACGUUUCUUACAUAACUUUGUGGGGGUAUGUGGAACUAAACAAAUACAAAUAUUUGUAUUUUGCUAUUAUGUUUACAGUAUAUUUGUUGAUAAUCUGUAGUAAUUCUAUUAUUGUGUAUCUGAUCUGGACAAACAAAAACCUCCAUGAGCCCAUGUACAUUUUCAUAGCAGCUUUGUUAUUUAACUGUGUUCUUUACAGCACCACCCUUUACCCAAAGCUCCUGAUUGACUUUUUAUCUGAAAACCAGAUCAUAUCAUAUUUAGCUUGUCACUUCCAGUUUUUUAUGUUUUAUACUGUAGGAUGUGCAGAGUUCUUACUGCUGGCAGUGAUGUCGUUUGACAGAUAUGUGUCUAUUUGCAAACCUCUGCAAUAUCGAAUGAUUAUGACUAAAAGCACAGUGAACCUUUUUCUUGUUCUGGCCUGGUUCUUUCCUGCUUGCCACAUUGCAGUACAAACAAUCCUGAGUGCCAAAGCUAAAAUAUGUAAUUUAAGGUUAAAUGGAAUCAUUUGCAACAACGUCAUUUACUCAAUUCACUGUGUAAGAUCAAGACCAAUUGCUAUUUUUGGGGUUGUUGCUUUAAUAAAUAUUGUAUAUAUACCCAUGAUCUUUACAGUUUUUACUUAUGCAAAGAUAUUUGUGAUAUCCUAUAAAAAUUCUAAAACAUUGAGAAAAAAAGUUGCUGAGACCUGCAUACCUCACCUGUUGGUUUUAAUCAGCUACUUCUGUUUGAUUACAUAUGAUGUAAUUAUAGCCCGAAUGGACGUUGAUUUUCCCCAAACUGUUUGUUUUAUAAUGACAUUACAAGUGCUUUUAUAUCAUCCUUUGUUUAAUCCAUUCAUAUAUGGAAUCAAAAUGAAAGAAAUUUGCAAACGUCUUAAAAGAUUGUUUUGUUCAGGCAAAAUCUGA